AAGAAACUGUUAGUGUUUUUUGUGUUAAGUUACGUUUUAAUAACAAUGGCAAGACGACAUCAUCAUGAACAUUAUCAUUCGGCUAGAAUUGAAGCGUUGCAACAACAGCAGCCAGUUCAACAAACGCCGGGUAUUCGCCAACAAUUAGUAACGGAAAAAUCAACAAAUUUAAAUUAUCAAAUUGUUGAAGCGGAUUUUACACCGUAUAAUAAGCAUGCUCCUGGACGGCAUGUGUGUACAUCCCAACGUGCAGUCUCAGAGCCAGUGAAAACAAUAGAAGCAUGGUGUAAGCCAACACAAAAGCGUUUUAACCAAUUGUGCCAUAAUAAUCAAAUUUGCCAUGGUGUAAGAUUAGUGUACGAAACUGCAUAUCGUGAUGUUAUGAAAACAAAAACCACACAUAAAACCACAUAUGUUUGUUGUCCAGGAUGGGUACAACACAAUAAGCAAAGCUUUGGGUGUCAUAAACCAAUAUGCACAAAGAUUUGUGAAAAUGGAGGAACAUGUGUUAAACCAAAUAUUUGCAGCUGUAAAAAAGGAUUUCGUGGUAAACGUUGUGAAAUUGAUGUCAACGAAUGUAAGGAUCAAAAACCGUGUGAUCAAAUUUGCCAUAAUACACAUGGAAGUUAUUUUUGUGAAUGUAGGGAAAAUUUUAUUCUUCAACCGAAUAAACACUCUUGUAAAAAAGAAGGAAUAGAAGGACCAGCUUUGGAAGCUAAAGACUUAGAGUUUGAUGAUUUAUCACAUCGAAUUUAUAAAUUGGAAAAACUUAUCGGAAGCGAUACAUUUCUUGCAAACGAGACUGAAGUUCUACACACUGUACAGAAAUCAAUUCAAUACUUAACAAAUCAAAUUAAAUAUUUACAAAAUCAAAUUGAAGUUAUGCAGAAUACAAACAGUGUGAAUAUGAAAAAAUUCGAAGAAAGAUUAUUUUUAUUGGAGCAACGAACAAAUCGAAUUCUUGGACGAAAUAUUAAUACUAAUAUGAUUUUUUCAUAAAACGUUAUUUAUCUAAAAUCUUAA